AUCCCUCCAGUCUGUCUAUCGCAUCUGCUGCAGGAAAGGCGGUCAAAGUAGCCGCUGGGAGAAGCAGCACUGGGUAAUAUUUGGAAAGCAAGGGGAGAGAAUACUAUCCGCUCCUGACGGUCAACUUCACAGCACCUGGAUCGUUCUUAUUUUUACUUAGGACAUAACUGGAAACGUAAAAGUGUCUUGUUUUUGUUUCUUUUUAACUUGACCAAAAUGACUGGUAGCCCAGUGACAGGGCUGCUGGUUGCGCUGUGCGUAAGCAGCGCGGUCCAUUGUAUGCCAAAGAACCAAGGGAAAAACAAGAGACAAGCUCAGGAACAAGUUUACCCCGAACUCGCAGACACAGUACCCCUUGCUCAAGGCUGCGAUGAGAACGGACAUUCUUACAGACUAAACGAUCAAUGGGAGAAGGCUUACCGCGGGAGUACACUGCUUUGUACCUGCAACGGAGCGUCAGGGAUCAAAUGUAAAACAAAACCCCAAGGGGAGGAGACCUGCUAUGACAAAUACAACGACCAGACGUACCCUGUGGGUGCGACCUACGAGAGGGCGAAGGACGGCAUGAUGUGGGACUGCACCUGCAUCGGUUCCGCCCGCGGCAAAAUCAGCUGCACAAUCGGAAUCUUUUCGUUUCCAGACCGCUGCCACGAGGGAGGCAGAUCCUACAAAAUCGGGGACACUUGGAGAAGGCCCCACGAGACCGGAGACUACAUGCUGGAUUGCGUCUGUCUGGGAAACGGCAAGGGAGAGUGGACCUGCAAACCCGUGUCGGAGCGUUGCUACGACAACACAGGUGGAGCAUCAUACGUGGUGGGGCAGACCUGGGAGAAGCCGUACCAAGGCUGGAUGAUGAUCGACUGCACCUGUCUGGGGGAGGGCAACGGACGCAUCACCUGUACCUCUAGGAACCGUUGUAAUGACCAGGACACCAAGACCUCCUACCGCAUCGGAGACACAUGGACCAAGACAGAUGCUAACAGACACCAACUCCAGUGUCUGUGUACAGGAAAUGGCAGAGGAGAGUGGAAGUGUGAGAGACAUUCUGCCACUACUGGCACAGGUGUUAGUACAGGAACAGGUGUAGGAACAGGUACAGGAAGUACUCGUGUGACCAUCCAGACGGAGCUCCACCAGCCCUCCACCCUCCCCGAACCCCCCCAGGAGGGGGCUUGCCGCACGGACUCGGGCGCCACCUUCCAUGUGGGCAUGCGCUGGAUCAGGACCCAGGGCAGCAAGCAGAUGCUGUGUACCUGCCAGGGUACUGGCGCCGUCAGCUGUGAGGAGAAGGAGGGCCAGAGCCAGGUGUACGGUGGGAACUCAGAAGGCCAGGCCUGUGUGUUCCCCUUUGUGUUCAUGGAUAAGACCUACUACUCCUGUACCUCAGAGGGACGUACUGAUGGACAGCUGUGGUGCAGCACCACCUCUGACUACCAUAGAGACCAGCAGUACUCCUUCUGUACCGAGAAGAACUCCCUGGUGUCGACCCGAGGGGGUAACUCCAAUGGUGCCCUGUGCCAGUUCCCCUUCCUCUACAACGGGCGUAACUACACUGACUGUACCGCCGAUGGGCGCCGCGACGGCAUGAGGUGGUGCGGUACCACAACCAACUACGAAGGAGAGCAGCGCUACGGAUUCUGCCCCAUGGCUGCCCACGAGGAGGCCUGCACCACCAACGACGGGGUCAUGUACCGUGUGGGAGACCAGUGGGACAAACGCCACGAUGUCCUGGGUCACAUGAUGCAGUGUACCUGCUUGGGCAACAACCGUGGAGAGUGGAGCUGCAUCGCCUACUCCCAACUCAAAGACCAGUGCAUUGUGGAUGGGCUGACCUAUGAGGUGAGCCAGACCUUCACCAAGCUCCAUGACCAGGGCUACAUGAUGAAUUGCACCUGCUAUGGACAGGGACGCGGGCGCUGGAAGUGCGACGCCAUCGACCAAUGCCAGGAGCCUGAGAGCAGGGCGUUCUAUCAGAUUGGAGAGACCUGGGACAAAACCAUCCACCAAGUCCUCUACCGCUGCUAUUGCUACGGCAACGGUAUUGGUGAGAUGAGCUGCGAGCCACAGCAGACCUUCCCAGGUGGCCACCGCCCAGUCCAGGUGAUUAUCACAGAGGCAGGGAAGCAGCCUGACUCCCACCCCAUCCAGUGGAACGCCCCAGCCUCCUCACACAUCACCCAGUAUAUCCUCAAGUGGAGAGUGAAAAACACCCGCGCCCCCUGGAGAGAGGCCACCAUCCCAGGUAACCUGAACUCGUACACCAUCGCUGGUCUGCGGCCAGGUAUUACCUACGAGGGUCAGCUGAUCAGCAUCCUGCGCUAUGGACGCCGCGAGGUCACCCGCUUUGACUUCACCACCACCUACGGCUCCCUUGGGGUGACCUCUGAGGGUGAGACGACCCAGCCUCCUCCCGUGGUGGACACGUCUGAGUCGGUGACAGAGAUCACGUCCAGUAGCUUCAUCAUCUCCUGGGUGUCAGCCUCCGACACCGUGUCAGGCUUCAGAGUGGAGUAUGAGCUGAGUGAGGACGGAGCCAAACCGCAGGUCCUGGACCUGCCCCGUACCACCACCUCUGUGAGCAUCAGUGACCUCCUGCCUGGCCGUAGAUACAACGUCAACGUGUAUGAGGUUUCCCCUCAGGGAGAACCCACCCUCAUCCUCACCACCUCUCAGACCACAGCUCCUGAUGCCCCUGCUGAACAUCAGAUCAACCAGGUGGGAGAAACCUCUAUCUCCAUCAGCUGGUCCAAGCCCCAGGCCCCCAUCACAGGCUACCGUUUGGUCUUCACCCCGUCAGUAGAGGGCAGCAGCACCGAGCUCAUCCUCCCAGACACUGAGACAUCCGUGACCCUGGUUGACCUUCGACCUGGCCUGCUCUACAACAUCAGCAUUUACGCUGUGGAGGAGAACCAGGAGAGCGAGCCCAUCUUCGUCCAGGUCAACACGGCCGGAGAGCCAGCACCAGAGGAAGUCCGCUCCCCGACCGACCUUCAGUUCUACGAGGUGUCUGACGUGAAAAUCUACAUCACCUGGACCGGCCCUCCCAGCGAGGUGUCGGGUUACCGCGUGACCUUCGCCCCCGUUACCCCCGGUGACACGCCCCAGAGGCCCCUGCAGCUGCCCAUGACGGCCAACACGUACGCAGAGAUCACCCACCUGCAGCCCGGAACCCUGUACCGCUUCAACAUCUACGCCAUCAACGGAGGAGUGGAGAGCGAGCCGCUGACGGGAGAGAGAGCCACCAAGCCCGACGCCCCCACCAACCUGCGUUUCACUGACAUCGGCGAGGACAGUGUGAUAGUGAUCUGGGAGGCUCCCAGGGCUAGCAUCAGCGGCUACCGUCUGUUCCUGAGCGUGGAAGGCUCCAGCCCAACCCAGAAGAGAAUCCCCGGCGGUCAGACCCAGUUCCCUCUGCGAGGCCUCCGCCCCGACACAGACUACACCGUCAAACUGCACUCUGAGCAGGACAACGUGUUGAGUGAGGAAGUCAAUGGCAUCUUCACCACCUCCCCAAAGAUGGGUAAUGCCCCUCGCUUCACCACUGAUGUGACCGACACCUCCAUCAUCAUCUCCUGGACCCCGGUCAGCAGGUUCAGCUUCAGGUUGUCUGUGAGACCCAGUCAGGGAGGAGAGUCACCCAGGGAUGUGACCUCUGACUCAGGAAGUAUCUCUGUGUCAGGCCUGACCCCUGGGACUGAGUACACUUACAGUGUACAGCCCAUUAUCAACGGACGUGACCGCGGCAACCCCAUCACUAAAAACGUUGUCACUCAACUGUCUCCCCCCACUGACCUCAGUACGCAGUCCAACGCGGACACGGGUGAGCUGACUGUCCUGUGGGGCGGCGCCAACACGCCAGACAUCACAGGCUACAGAGUGACAUGCACCCCGACCAAUGGGAAGCGAGGAAACUCCCUGGAGGAGUUAGUCCAGCCGGUCCAGAACCAGUUAAUCCUGGAGAACCUGAGUCCAGGAGUGGAGUACAACGUCUCUGUCUACACUGUCAAAGACAACCUGGAGAGUGUCCCUGUGUCCACCACUGUCACCCAAGACGUGCCCAAGCUAAACGACCUGGACUUUGUUGACGUCACCGACACCACUGUGGGCCUGCGCUGGACCACCCUGGUAAACGUCACCGCCAUCACCAGUUACCGGGUAACGGUUAUGGCGUCGGGCGAGAGUUUGCCCAUCAUCAUGGAUACGGUGGACUCGUCGACGGGCCAUUAUACGGUGCGCGGGCUGGAGCCCGGUGUGGAUUAUGACAUCAGUGUCACUACGAUAACGGAGGAAGGGGAGAGCGAGCCGGCCACACGCAGAACGCAAACCCAGACUGCCGUCCCCGCCCCCACCAACCUGAACUUUGGAGGGGUGGGCCCCGAUCACAUGAGGGUCAGCUGGACCGUCCCCAACGUCCCCACGCCCAGUGACAUCACACGCUUCGUCAUCCGCUUCCACCCCAGCAGCAACGACGACGAUGUCAAGGAGCUCAACGUGGGCGGAGCCACCAACACCUUCCUGCUGCAGAACCUGCUGCCCAACACAGAGUACAGGGUGAGCGUGGUGUGUGUUUACGAGGAGAGAGAAAGUGCACCAGUCACUGGCACUCAGAGAACAACCCUGGACUCUCCCACUGUCCUGGACUUUGCUGACGUCCUGACCAACUCCUUCACCAUCCACUGGCUGGCCCCCGGCGCCGUGAUCACCGGCUACCGUAUCCAUUACCAGAUGACCAGCGGAGGCAGGGCCAAGGACGAGAGACUGCCCCCGACCAGGAGCCACUUCACCCUGACUGGCCUGGCUCCCGAGACAGAGUACAAUGUUGAGGUCUACGCUGUCAGCGGGAACCAGGAGAGUCUGCCUCUCACUGGCACUCAGGCUACUAUCUCUGACGCCCCCACCGACCUGGAAGUGACCUCAACCAGCCCCACCAGCAUCACCAUCCGCUGGGACGCCCCCUCUGUCACCGUGAGGUACUACAGGAUCACCCACGGAGAGACAGGUGGAGAAAGCCCUGCUAAGGAGUUCACUGUCCCCGGCUCCCAGUCCGAGGCCACCAUCUCUAACCUGAACCCAGGGACAGACUACACCAUCACCGUCUACGCUGUGACAGGGAGAGGGGACAGCCCGGCCUCCAGCACACCCAUCUACAUCAGUCACAAGACUGACGUGGAGGGCCCCACCAACAUGGACGUGACAGAUGUGAAGGACAACACCAUCACAGUGCGCUGGUCCGCGGCCCAGGGCCCCAUCAAGGGCUACAGGGUCACCAGCGUCCCCAAGAAUGGACAGGGCCCCUCUUUCUCUGAGGUGGUGGCCCCUGAUCAGACCGAGAUUACGUUUACUGGCUUGAUGCCCACGGUGGAGUACGUUCUGAGUGUGACCGCUCUGGGAACCGAUGGAGAACCUUCCACACCUCUGGUAGAGAACGCCAUCACAGCAAUGGACCGUCCCAAGGCCCUGUCCUUCUCUGAGGUGGACUCCACCUCCCUGAGGAUCACAUGGGACAGUCCGGACGGCACAGUGACAUCAUACCGCGUGCUGUACUCCAGCCCUGAGGAGGGCGAGAGAGAGCUGCGCCCGGCGCCCAGAGGGACAGACGAUACCGUGGUACUGAGGAAUCUCCGCCCCGGCACAGAGUACACUGUUAAGGUCAUCGCUCUGCACGGACGCACCCCCAGCACCCCACUGGUGGGCACACAGGCCACAGGUAGGAGAUAUCAGACACACACACAUACAGACACGCACACACACACGCAAAUACUUAAAUGUCCAUCUCUGCCCCCAGCUAUCCCUGCUCCCACCAAUCUGGACAUCUCUGAGGUUGGUGACACCUCCUUCAUUGUCUCGUGGCGCUCCCCCAGCUCCGGGCUGUCUGGGUACCGUGUGGUUGUCAACCCCAAGAACAACAAUGGACCCACCAAGGAGAUGACCAUCGCCCCAGACACCACGCGCGCCGUGGUCCCAGGACUCAUGGUGGCCACUCUGUACACAGUGCACGUUUAUGCCCUGAAGAACUCUGUGACCAGCCGGCCCCUGGAGGGAGAGGUCACCACGCUGGACAACAUCAGUCCUCCUCGGCGUGUGCGUAUCUCUGACGUGAAGGACUCGGCCAUCACGCUGACCUGGCGUGCUAAGGUUGAGACCAUCACCGGGUACCUCAUCGAAGCUCAGCCCCUCGGCGGCAGCCGCCCCGCCAUCAAGAAGACAAUCCCCGGAGAGCAGCGCACCUACACCAUCACUGGUCUGGAGCCAGGCACCUCCUACACUAUCCACAUCUACACCAUCAACGGCGAUGCACGCAGCGCCCCCUUCACCCUCACGGCCACCACAGCCAAACCAGCGAUGCAUUCUCCCACCAACCUCCAGUUCACCUCCCUGACCCCCAACUCCAUCUCCUUCAGCUGGGAACCCCCCGCCACGCGCAUCACAGGAUAUUACAUCACCUACGAGGAGGCAGGCAGGGCGCAGCCCCGUGAGCUUACCCCCCGCCCCCACGCUGGCCAGAACUACGCCACCAUCUCUGGUUUGAGACCAGGUACCGAGUACAUCAUCAAGAUCAUCGCUCUUCAGAAUGUCCAGAGAAGCACCCCAUUGGUGGGCACGGCCAGGACUCAACGUGAAUCCCUGCUUACACUGCCACUCCCCAACCGCCCCGGAGGCUACGACCACCUGGACGUGCCUGAAGAAAAGGAGAGCCGUGUCCCAACAGUAGUAGGUAACAAUGGCCUAGACACCCUGGGGGGCCAGGGCCAGAACGUGGAGUACACUGAGUACAACAACCAGAACCCCCAGACACCCUAUGGGAACGGCCAGAUACCCUAUGGGAAUGGCCAGACACCCCUGGUGUUUGUGCCCCUUCCGGAUGCGGAGGGGCGCAGGGUGCCGGUGGUGAGCGUGAACGUGCCUGGUGGCUCUCCCUUUGGUUUUCCAGAGAAGGACACAGGAAUCCCUCAGGAGGCCCAGACCCAGACCACCAUCGCCUGGAAGCCUUACAAGCAGAGUUCAGAGUACCUGGUGUCCUGCAACCCUCUGACACACGUCAACGAGAAGAUGUUCCAGAUGCGUCUGCCUGGUACCUCCACCAGUGCCACUCUGAUCGGCCUGACCAGCGGAGCCUCAUACAACGUUAUCGUAGAGGCCCUGAAGGGGGCACUCAAACACAAGAUCCUGGAGGAGAUUGUCACCGCCGGCAACACCCUGACAGAGGGUUCCACCGGCACAGAUAAGGACUCGUGCUACGACACCUUCACAGCGACCUACCAUGACGUUGGGACCGAGUGGGAGCGCAUGUCUGAGACGGGCUUCAAGCUGUGGUGCAGGUGUCUGGGACUAGGCAGUGGACACUUCCGAUGUGACUCCUCUAAGUGGUGUCAUGAUGGAGGUAACAACUACCGUAUCGGGGAGAAAUGGGAGCGUCAGGAGGAGAAGGGCCCCAUGAUGAGCUGCACCUGCCUGGGCAACGGGAAGGGGGAGUUCAAGUGUGAACCACAUGAGUCCACCUGCUAUGACGAUGGGAAGAUGUACCAGAUUGGUAACCAGUGGCAGAAAGAAUACCUGGGAGCCAUCUGUACCUGCACCUGCUACGGAGGACAACAGGGCUGGCGUUGUGAGAACUGUCGUAGACCAGGUGCUGAGGUGGACUCUAGUCUGCUGCAGCCCGUCCGAUACAGGGACCCCACCAACACACUACGUAAAGUGAACAUCCAGUGCCCCAUCGAAUGCCUUCGACCUGAACUACUGGCAGACGCACUGGCAGAAGGACACAUCCCCCAGAAUCCCCUGGAGUAAAAGAUAAAUCUCCUCUUCCUUACCCAUGGUCUGUCAAGUCUCCUUGAAGAGGAGGUCGCCCUGUCCAGUCAGAGACAGACCUAACUAACACAUCGAUGCCUUACUGAUCAGCUUAACCAUAUCUAACACACCUACAUACUGUAGGUCCAUGCCUUCCUAGUCUUAAGAGAACCCCCUGCACACUUUCAGAAUGUUGGUUAAGUUGUCUGUUGUCAUUUCUCUUAACCAUAUCUAACACACCUACAUACUGUAGGUCCAUGCCUUCCUAGUCUUAAGAGAACCCCCUGCACACUUUCAGAAUGUUGGUUAAGUUGUCUGUUGUCAUUUCUCUUAACCAUAUCUAACACACCUACAUACUGUAUGUCCAUGCCUUCCUUGUCUUAAGAGAACCCCCUGCACACUUUCAGAAUGUUGGUUAAGUUGUCUGUUGUCAUUUCCCUUUGAGACAGUUAAGAGGUCAAAAGGAACAUUCCUUGUGUUCGUGCCUUAAAGAGAUAAAAAUCUUCCCCUGUCCCUGAAUGUAUGUGUUUGAAGUGCUUCUUAACAGUUCAGAUGUGCUUGUCUUUUACAAAUUAUACAUUUCCAAGACUACCUGUCCAGUAUUACCGUUUGUCCUAAUCAUUUAUUAUUAUUAUUUUUUUUACUUCUAUAAAAUCUAAAUCCGUCUGAAAUCAAAAGCACUGUUUUGAGAGAAUGUUGGUGUAGUUGCCAUGUCGACAAGUGUUUGAAAUCAUUUAGCUUUUUCUGUAGCCUCUGUGUAGACAGGGGUAGCACUGCCUGUGUGAUUGACACUGAGUUGUUGUCAUUUUGAAACUCUUCAAUGCAUUUUAUUUAUCCCUUUAAUCACAGCAUUGUUGUGUGAAUGUGAGACCUGGGGUGUCGACUUUGUUCUGGUUUUAUUUUGUACUAAAAGGUGACAAAGUUUGAUGGAGAUUCCCUUGUUUUGAUAAAGUUGAAAAGAACCUCAUGAAUUGCCUUUGUUUCUUGAAUAACUGUUUAUACAUAGAUUGAUGCACCAGUGUAAAUCUACGUAACAUAAUAAAAUAAAUCCCCAUCUGUCAGUAUAAA